UCCAGUCAAAUGAACAAAGCCCUGACUUUAUAAUGUACUACUGUAUGCGUAUUAUUAAUGUAUUAGCCAUUAGCCCACACCAAAGGAAGGAAUCUUAAAAAGUUAUCCCCUUUCCUCCAAUAAUUACCUGAAAACUUCACCAAAAUUAUCUCCCUUUUGCUUGGUACUUCUCUUUUCCAACACUAAAGAAGGAACAAAAGAAGCACAGCGCCAUAGAAUAUAUCAUGACCCCAUAAUAUAAGAUCUUGAUCAAAGGAGUGAAAUUUUAACCCUUGUUUAGAAGAGUGCUAAUAAUUCUUAUUCAAUGGCUUAUUUGGUUCAGUUGCAGAAACAGUUUGAUGACUACAGAGCUUCACUGUUUAAUGAGGGAUUUCUAGAUGAUCAAUUUGAGCAACUUCAGCAACUGCAAGAUGAGAGCAACCCGGAUUUUGUUGUUGAAGUGGUUUCACUCUUCUUCCAAGAUUCCGAGAGGCUUCUUAAUGAACUAGCCACAUCCUUGGAUCAGCAGAAUACUGAUUAUAGAAAGGUGGAUGCACAUGUUCACCAGUUGAAGGGUAGCAGCUCCAGCAUUGGUGCUCAGAGAGUUCAAAGAGUCUGUAUUGCUUUCCGUAAUUUCUGUGAGGAGCAGAACACUGAAGGGUGCUUAAAAUGUCUGCAACAAGUGAAACACGAGUACACCCUAGUGAAAAACAAGCUCGAAACUUUGUUCAAGUUGGAGCGUCAGCUUUUGGCCGCGAGAGGGUCAUCGUUUGUGUAAAGAUCAGAGCCGUUGAAGAUAUAUAGAUGAUCAUGAUCAUCAGAGACUACUACUGAUCAUAACAAACAUGGUCACGUCAUGCACAUUAAUGCUGUUCUCUUGAUCUUCUGGGUCUGUAGAAUAUUUGUCUAAAAUUCCUCCUUUCUGGUUGAGUACUACAUAUAAAAAAAACUUGCUGAGCUAAAUUUGUGUGAACUUUUUAGCUUGAUAAGACUGAGCUUUGUCUCGUGUUAAAUGCAAAAACAAUGCCCGUGAUUUAGCGUGAA